GUUCUGUGUUCGACUCUGGAUAAGAGCAUCUGCUAAAUGCUGUAAAUGUAAAUGUCCAUAUUCUGCUCUGGCAUUGUGUGUGAAAGCAUGGUGGUCACCUUUGUUGUACUUUUCAUGAUCGUGUAUAAAAUAGCAAAACACAGUUUUAACAUCUUACUUUAGGACAGUUUCAAGAUAGAAAAUUAGUAAAAAGUGGGGCUACUUAUUAAAUGAAGACAGCUCUGGUCUUUUGAUUUGCAAAGAACGCCUAUAUUUGCCGUGGGCUGGACUGAGUGAGUGAAAGUCAGCUCUGUGCUUUUAAGGGUGUGGCUGUUUCUUUCACCUGACUAGCUGGUCUGGCACUUAGCAAGUCCAUUUGAGUACUACUGGAGAAAUGGCAGAGGCAGAGUCAAUGCUUCUUAUUGCUAUAGAUUUUGGCACAUCAUUUACUGGAUACUGCUUCCAGUUUGUUAAAUCAAAACAGAUUCGGCAGCCUAAAUGGGGUUUAGAACAUGGUUAUAAUACCCCAAAAACACCUACAUGCAUUCUGUUUGAUGCAGAAGGGAAGUUUUUAAAGUUUGGAUAUGAUGCCAUUAUGAACUACACCAGGCAGAUAAGGAAAAACGAGGCAAAGAAACUGUACCUCUUUGACAACUUUAAAAUGGAGCUCUAUGGCAAGGAAUUGCACAGAGACUUGGAGAUAACAGCUAAAAAUGGGGGGAAAAUGAAAGCUAUGAAGGUGUUCUCCGAGAGUCUAAAAUACAUGAAAGAGCACGCUCUGGAAAUGAUUGGAAAGCACACUUCUGACAUGACAUUCUUUGCAUCUGAUGCUACAUGGGUUUUGACAGUUCCAGCCAUUUGGAGUGCGGCAGCUAAACAGUUUAUGAGAGAAGCAGCCAUAGAGGCUGGACUGGUGACACAAUCAGAGCCUGAAAGACUGAUUGUAGCCUUGGAACCAGAAGCUGCAUCUGUGUGGUGUAAACAGCUCCCAUACGACCACUUUAUUAACGAAAUCCUUAAAGAUGCAGAGAAAAUAGAACAAGCCCCAGGAACACAGUACAUGGUGGUGGACUGUGGAGGUGGAACCAUCGACAUCACAGUGCAUGAAGUGGUGGAACAUGGGCGACUAAAGGAGUUGCACAAGGCAUCAGGAAACAACAUGGGUGGCCAGACAGUAGACAAGAACUUCAAAUCCUUCCUGAGAGAGAUAUUCUCUAAUGAAAUUUUUGACAAGUUUGAGGAAAACCAUCCCCAUGAGUUACAAAAGUUAAUGUUUGAGUUUUUAAACUGUAAAUGUUAUGAUGGAAAUACAUUGAUACCAUGUCCAUGUAGUUUACAAAAGCUAGCUGAAAAAGAAAAAGACAUAGAAGCUUACUUCAAGGGAAGCAGUGAUGCUGACUGGGAAAGUGAAUCAAUACUCCUGUAUGGGGAAAAGAUGAGAUCCCUACAUGACGAAAGUCUCAAAGCCAUAGAAAACCAGAUCAAUGAAAUACUGAAAAAACAACACCUGAACAUCACCUAUCUGUUCUUAGUUGGAGGCUUUGCUCUUAGUCCACAUGUACAGAAGUUUGUCAAAGAGAAGUUUGGGUUGAAAUGUAAGGUGCUGUGCCCAGUGGAUGCCCAGUUGGCUGUUCUGAAUGGAGCUGUUACAUUUGGGAUGAUGCCGAAUGUAGUGGAAUCGCGGAUCAGUGUUUUCACUUACGGGAUUUCAGAGGGUCAGUUGUUUGAUGCAUUCAAACACAAGGGCAAGAGCAAAUAUGUGAAUAAGGAUGGAGUUGAGUUCUGUAGUGGUUGUUUCCACUGCCUAGUGAAGAAGGACGAAUCAGUCAGUUUUAGUGAAACCAAAACUUACUCCUUUAGUCCAGUUGAGAGAGACCAAAAAGACAUGCAGUUCAGUUUUUACUGCACUGAGAGUAAAACUCCUGAGUUUGUAGAUGAGCAGGGCAUGAAGAUGGUUGGGUCUUUCUCAGUUCCGAUGCCAAAUAUUUUGAAGGGUGGGUACCGUACAGUCAAACUGGAAGUCAGGUUUGGUUCCACUGAAAUGAAGGCAACUGCCACAGAUGCUGAUUCUGGUGAGACCACUUCUGUCAAACUGGACUUCAUGUGCAGUUAACCAGUUUGAACUGCAAAAGUAAGCUUUCUGACACGCUUUAGUAUAAAUGCAUGUUACUGUCACAAAGCAGGCACUAAUUUUCAACCUGAUUAAACAUCAUGCAUUUCA